UCCUCUGCUAGCAAAAGAUUUAGGCGGGCUUGGGCAGUUGUACGUGACGUGUGGCAAUGCUGAAAGACUGCGCGAUGAAUCAAUUCUCCUUGCUUAUAAAGCGUCAAAGACAUGUUCAGAUUUGUUUGAAGGUGAUCAUACUGACGGUCAACACGAAUAUGAGCCUACCAAAGUCACUUUGCAUGUGUACGACGCUAUGCCACACGUUUUCCAGAUCUUUGGUUUUCACCCAGCGGCAAUGGAUGGAAUUUCGCGUACUGCUCGGUUUAUUCGCAAGGUAAUUCCGUCCCGUCCAUCUACUCCUGGGAACCGUUCACCAGAACGUCAUAGUAACGAUUCAAAAGACCUUCCGUCUUCGCUAUAUGGAGCUGAACUUCGUGUCAACUGUGCGAUCCAAGGCGAGGACGAGAAUGAGGACGAGUUUGCAAGUGAGGAUGAGGCGAUGCUGAUUAAAAGAGUGUCAGUAAACGGAAAGAGCAGAGAAUUUGAAGGAAUGGAAGAGCCAAAGUUGAAAGAAUGGGUUGGUGCGUUGGGCAAGUUACCUGAAUUUACAAAGAAUCAAGAGAUUUUUAUGAAGCUUUUAAAUGUUUAA